AAUGUGGAACUUCUCAUCUACCUUGGAGAUGACUUUGAUGAUCGAGUACACGAGCUUCCCUCAGGGGCUUCGGAUCUGUUGAAGUUAGGCCUACUCUCGAUGCAUCCAGAGAUCUUUCAGCAACCACUCAAUCUCUUCCAAACCAAGGUGGCCAUCGAGAAGAUCCGGAGCACUGUAUUUCUUCGAUUCCUACCAAAGGAAAUACUACCCUAUAUCCCACAAGAAGCAUCGAAAAUCGUAGAGACUAGGGAAAAGCACAUCGAUGAUCUACCGUAUAUUUCCGGCCCGAAAUUGAUCGUUCACUUGAUUUUAUGUUUCGAUUUGAGUGCGGAAAAAAAGAAACGAAGGGGCGAAGUCGAUUUGAUCAGGUUAUUCCUGCAACAUCUUCAUUCCGAGGGACCGGUUGUUUUCUCACCUGAGCAAAAGAAAUCUUUGGCUAGCGGAUUAGAUGCUCUUACUGAGGAUGAAGAAUGGAAUCAGGAGUGUUGGAGGCAGACUUUGGCUCUUUGA